UCCCCAUCACCCGGAAAUACAACCACAAACGGCCUCUUUCACAUCACGCUCCCAACAUGGCAGUGAAUCUCGCAGACCUCUCCCUGCCUCAGCUAGAGGGACUGAAAACCCAACUCGAUCAGGAGAUUGAGUUCUUGACAUCUUCAAUAGGUCAACUCAAAGUGGUCCAGACCAAAUAUGUGGAAGCUAAAGAUAGUUUGAAUGUCCUGAACAAAAACAAUAAAGGAAAAGAAUUACUUGUGCCUCUUACAAGCUCUAUGUAUGUCCCUGGAACAUUAAAUGAUGUGGAGCAUGUUUUAGUGGAUGUGGGGACAGGAUACUAUGUUGAAAAGAACGUCGAGGACUCAAAGGGAUUCUUCAAACGCAAAAUAGACUUUCUCACAAAGCAGAUAGAGAAAAUUCAGCCAGCCCUUCAGGAAAAACAUGCCAUGAAACAAGCUGUGAUUGAAGUAAUGAACGUGAAGAUCCAGCAACUACAACAGAGCCAGCAGUCAUCAGUUGGGACCACUAAGGCUUAAAGUGAACACCUGUUUGAACUCUUCAGUAUUGCAGGAAGGGGGUGGGGGGUUGAAGUUAUGGGCACAAAAGAAAAAAAUGCUUCUGUUUCUGUUUGAAGUAAGUGCACAAGUCUUAUCACAAGGAAAUUAUAAGUAGGUUCUUGUCAUGGUAAAGAAAUGAUGUGUACAUGAUCGAUUUUAGAUUAAUUUAAAUUGGUGUCCCAGGUUUGUCAAAUUAAAGAGGUCAUUGUGCAUUCAACGAAAAUUAAAGUUUUUUUUCACUUA